AUGAUAGCCUGGAAGAGGAAGAAAAGAGUAUCCACGGGAAGUCGAAUUCAACUUAGCUUAUUUCAUAUCUAUGCCAAGAGCUGGCUAUGGUGUGCCUUGCACACCAAGAGGCCUCAAGUGGUCACCAAAUAUGGAACCCUGCAAGGAAAACAGAUGCAUGUGGGGAAGACACCCAUCCAAGUCUUUUUAGUAGUCCCCUUCUCCAGACCUCCUGUAGGUAUCCUCAGGUUUGCACCUCCAGAACCCCGGGAGCCCUGGAAAGGAAUCAGAGAUGCUACCACCUACCCGCCUGGGUGCCUGCAGGAGUCCUGGGGCCAGCUGGCCUCGAUGUACGUCAGCACGCGGGAACAGUACAAGUGGCUGCGCUUCAGCGAGGACUGUCUGUACCUGAACGUGGACGCGCCGGCGCGCGCGCCCGGGGAUCCCCAGCUGCCUGUGAUGGUCUGGUUCCCGGGAGGCGCCUUCAUCGUGGGCGCUGCUUCUUCGUACGAGGGCUCUGACUUGGCCGCCCGCGAGAAAGUGGUGCUGGUGUUUAUGCAGCACAGGCUCGGCAUCUUCGGCUUCCUGAGCACGGACGACAGCCACGCGCGCGGGAACUGGGGGCUACUGGACCAGAUGGCGGCUCUGCGCUGGGUGCAGGAGAACAUCGCAGCCUUCGGGGGAGACCCAGGAAAUGUGACCCUGUUCGGCCAGUCGGCGGGGGCCAUGAGCAUCUCAGGACUGAUGAUGUCACCCCUAGUCUCAGGUCUCUUCCAUCGGGCCAUUUCCCAGAGUGGCACCGCGUUAUUCAGACUUUUCAUCACUCGUAACCCACUGAAAGUGGCCAAGAAGGUUGCCCACCUGGCUGGAUGCAGCCACAACAGCACACAGAUCCUGGUAAACUGCCUGAGGGCACUAUCAGGGGCCAAGGUGAUGCGUGUGUCCAACAAGAUGAGAUUCCUCCAACUGAACUUCCAGACAGACCCUGAAGAGAUUAUCUCGUCCAUGAGCCCUGUGGUGGAUGGUGUGGUGAUCCCAGAUGACCCUUUGGUGCUCCUGACCCAGGGGCAGGUUUCAUCUGUGCCCUACCUUCUAGGUGUCAACAACCUGGAAUUCAAUUGGCUCUUGCCUUACGUAAGUGAGUAG